UCUGAUGCUGCGUAUAAUUCUCUAUAUUAGCAAUACUUUUUCUUUAUUUUAAAAUCAUAAACCAUAGUCCUUCUCUCAUAGCUUGUCUUUGCUUCUGUUCCUCUCUGUUCAGCAACGAUCUCUGCUCGUCUCCUCCAUCUUUUAUCAUCUCAUAUGGAAAAUGGGAAGGAACAAUCAGCUGCGAGAAAGAAGAGUACCAUAUUAGUUGGACCAUGGGGAGGGAAUGGAGGGAAUAGCUGGGAUGAUGGGAUCUACCAUGGAGUAAGAGAAAUCACAAUUGUUUAUGAUCAAUGCAUCGACUCGAUCCAGGUUGUGUAUGACAAGAAUGGCAAGCCUAUCACAGCAGAAAACCAUGGAGGUGUUGGAGGCAGUAGAACAGCUGAGAUUAAGUUGCAAUAUCCGGAGGAGUACUUAACCAGUGUGAGUGGCCAUUACUGCCCAGUAGUCUAUGGUGGCAGUCCUGUGAUUCGAUCAUUAUCAUUCAGCAGCAACAAAAGAACAUUUGGACCAUUUGGAGUUGAAGAAGGAACGCCAUUUACACUUUCAAUGGACGGAGCAUCGAUUGUGGGCUUUAAGGGUAGAGGUGGAUGGUAUCUUGAUGCCAUUGGGUUUCGUUUAUCUCGUAUUCAAUCCACCAAAGUUCUCAAAAAAUUUCAACAAAAGCUUCAAAGGCUCACCAGUACGGUUUCAAAGUCCUCUGCCUCCAAGGAUGCUGAAAGAACCUACUGAAGGUGGUGACCAAGCUUUGUGUGGGCUAUUUUAGUCAAACCUCGUGUUCUAAUAUUAUUUGCUCAUGUUAAUUAGAAUUGUUCUUAAACAGUAAUCGAACGUUGUUGUUCUUCUUCUUAUAUUAUUAUGAUUAUUAUUGAAUAAGGAGGAUACAUGCCUCAGAUGGAUCAUCCAGAAAGUUUAGCAGAAACAUUGUUAGAGCUACGCCGAAGAAAAUGUUUGGUUGUACCAGAAGAAUAGCUUGAUAUAAACACCAUAACUUUUCUACAUAACAAA